AUGGAGGGCGCGAUGGCAGUGCGGGUGACGGCCGCGCAUACGGCAGAAGCCCGGGCCGAAGCCAGGCGGGAAGCGGGCGAGGGCGGGGUCGCGGCGGCGGCAGCAACGGCCUUGGCCCCCAGCGGCUUCCUCCGCCUCCCCGCGCCCUUUAGCGAGGAAGAUGAGGACGAUGUGCACAGAUGUGGCCGCUGCCAGGCGGAGUUCACCACCCUGGAGGACUUUGUUCAGCACAAGCUCCAGAAGGUUUGCCAACGGGUUCCUCAGGAGGCCCUGCCUGCCAGCCCUUCAGCUGCUGCGCUGCUGGGCCAGGAGGUGGUCCCAGCGGCGGCAAGCCCAGAGGAGCCCAUCACUGUGGCCCACAUUGUUGUGGAGGCAGCUACUCUAACAGCAGACAUCAGCCACACAUCUGACAUCGUUGGCAGUGGACACAUCAAAGAGGUCAUUGUGGCUGCUGAGCCGGAGCCAGGCGACAGUGAGAUGGCAGAGGUCCCAGACAGCCCUGGCCAUCAGGGACCCAGGAUGGCUGGGCAGGGUGAGCAGGCCCAGGUUAAGCUGCUGGUGAAUGAGGACGGUCGCUAUGUAUGUGCGCUGUGUCACAAGACCUUCAAGACGGGCAGCAUCCUCAAGGCUCACAUGGUCACCCACAGCAGCCGCAAGGACCACGAAUGCAAGCUGUGUGGGGCCUCCUUCCGGACCAAGGGCUCACUCAUCCGACACCACCGGCGGCACACAGAUGAGCGCCCCUAUAAGUGUGCCAAGUGUGGAAAGAGCUUCCGAGAGUCGGGUGCACUGACCCGGCACCUCAAGUCUCUCACCCCGUGCACAGAAAAAAUCCGCUUCAGCAUGAGCAAGGACGUGGUCAUAGGCAAAGAAGAUGCACCUGCAGGGUCUAGCGCCUCCCCUGUGGGGACCGUUACAUCGUCAUCGGUGACAAGCGAGCCCAUGGAGACAUCGCCUGUGAUUCACCUGGUGACAGAUGCCAAGGGCACUGUCAUCCACGAAGUCCAUGUCCAGAUGCAAGAGCUUCCCUUGGGCAUAAAGACCCUGGCCCCAGAACCCCCAGGCCCCGAGGAGCUUCCCAGUUCUAGCGAGGACAGUCGGGAGAACCUGCUGCAUCAGGCCAUGCAGAACUCCGGCAUUGUCCUUGAGCGGGUCACUGGGGAGGAGGGGACCCUGGAGCAAGCCUCUCCUGCCACGUCCAGCCCCCAGCCCCUGGGAGAUCGUCCCCCAGAACUGCCGCUGCUGGAGGUGGAGCAGGUGGAGACACAGGUGGCCAGCGAGGCCUCGGCUCUUCCCAGGACCCACCCAUGCCCUCAGUGUAGUGAGACCUUCCCAACAGCGGCCACGCUGGAGGCCCACAAAAGGGGCCACACAGGGCCGAAACUGUUCACGUGCGCACAGUGUGGCAAGGCCUUCCCCAAGGCCUACCUGCUCAAGAAGCACCAGGAGGUGCAUGUGCACGAGCGCCGCUUCCGCUGUGGGGACUGUGGGAAGUUAUAUAAGACUAUCGCCCAUGUCCGUGGCCACCGGCGCGUCCACUCAGAUGAGCGACCCUACCCCUGUCCUGAGUGCGGCAAGUGCUACAAAACCAAGAAUGCCCAGCAGGUGCAUUUCCGGACACACCUGGAGGAGAAGCCGCAUGUGUGCCCCUUUUGCAGCCGAGGCUUUCGGGAGAAGGGCUCGCUGGUGCGGCAUGUACGGCACCACACAGGCGAGAAGCCCUUCAAGUGCUACAAGUGUGGCCGUGGCUUCGCUGAGCACGGCACACUCAACCGGCACCUGCGCACUAAAGGGGGCUGCCUGCUGGAGGUGGAGGAGCUGCUAGUGUCUGAGGAGAGCCCCACAGCAGCUGCUACUGUCCUCACUGAAGACCCGCACACUGUGUUGGUUGAGUUCUCAUCUGUGGUGGCCGACACCCAAGAGUACAUUAUUGAGGCCACUGAGGACGAUACAGAGACCAGUGAAGCCACAGAGAUCAUUGAGGGCACCCAGACAGAGGUGGACAGCCACAUCAUGAAGGUGGUACAGCAGAUCGUGCACCAGGCCAGCGCUGGGCACCAGAUCAUUGUGCAGAAUGUGACCAUGGACCAGGAGGCAGGACUGGGUUCAGAGGCGGCUGCUGCCGACACCAUCACCAUCGCCACCCCCGAGAGCCUGACGGAGCAGGUGGCCAUGACACUGGCCUCGGCCAUCAGCGAGGGCACUGUACUAACGGCCCGUGCAGGCGCAAAUGGCGCCGAGCAGGCCACCGUGACCAUGGUUUCAUCGGAGGACAUUGAGAUCCUAGAGCAUGCGGGUGAGCUGGUCAUCGCCUCACCCGAGGGCCAGCUCGAGGUGCAGACUGUCAUCGUCUAGCGUGGGUGCCUGUAGGGUCCUGCCGGGCUGGGCCGUGUCAGGUACAAGGACCCUGAGCACCCUACCCACGCCUGCCUGACUUGGUAAAGAGAAGACGAGGCACAGAAUUCAGACAUUCAGAGAAGUGGGAGUGUAAAUAAGUUUUUGUCGCUUUACAAUAAAAUAUGAAAACCUA